AUGAUGGAAACAACCAUCCAAGAUGGUUCUCCAUCAAUUAGAGAUCUCAAUGAUAAACCCGAACGAGAACGUUCUACUCGACCAUUAUCCGAAAUUUCUGAUAACGAUAAUCGUCGUUCUAUAGUUUCUAUAACAAGAGAGUCCAAGCGUUCUUCACGUCACUUGGAAUUGGAAAAGGAUAAAGGACGUUCACGUCCUUCUAGCGAUGUAAAAGAUGAAAACACACCACCUACAACUUCAACUCCAAACAGUCCUUCACUCAACCAAGUCGUAACUGGUGGUCAGAUGAAAAUGCUCACUAUCAACUUGAUCGAUUACGCUUCGCAACAAAGAAGGAACGAGAUUACAGGUUCACCUAUACCAACUCCAAUUCCUAGUCCCUUAUCUACAAAUAUGACUACGGGUAUUUUAGAAUCUGACGAAACUGUACUUUCCGAUAUGGGAGAUUCAGGUCAUGAAGAUUUAAAGGAUAAAUCUGUGACAAAGGAAACGAAUACGAAGAUUAAUCGAACGGUAACUUACGCCGAAGCUUCAAAAUCUGUUGGGGAUAAACAUACGGAUAAUUCUAUUCCUACUUCUCCAAAACAUCAAGAAACACAAUUUGCAGGAAUAGCAGAAGAUAAGAAAAGAAUAUUGAUAGAGGAUAAAAAAUUACCAAAAACUCCAGAACCUGAAGAAACAAAAUCACGUCCUGUAUCUAUCGAUGGUGUAUCAGCUUUAUACAUUGCAAAACGAGCUUCUCUUCGUCCUUCCCCAUUAGGUCCAUCAUAUGCCGAUAUCGUCAGACCUAACAUAUCCUUACCCCUUACCGCAGAUGAUCGAGCUUCCCUGGACUCUCGACGUUCCUCAGUAGAUCUUCUGAAGCCUCCCACGAAGAACAAACCGAGCUGGCUUCGAAGAGCUAGUAACACAGCCGCUGCAGGUUUACGAGCAAAGUCUCGAAGUCCCGUAGCUAAAGAAGAGACUACACUUGCUUCAUCUUCAGCUCUUCCCGAUCCACCUGCCUUACCUCCCAGACAUCAUCAAAGUCAAGAACGAGAAAUGAUGGAAGCAUCCAGUAGCAUCAUUUCCAUUUCAGACAAAGCCAUUCCUAUGCCUCCACCAGAACUUCCUAAGAAAUCAACAUAUGCCAAAGUCGUAUCCACCAGAAGUCGGUUGGCCGAAGGUGUUGGCAAACCGGCUUUCUUACCUCCCCCACCCAGUCAUCCCUCUCGGGAAAAUAUUGGUAACAUACGAGGUCGUAUAGCCGCUUGGACUUCCGCAGCUGGUUCCAACAAUUCUUUCAGUCGAUCAGCUUCCUCCGCUACACUCAGCCCUCCUCCACCUUCAUCUUUUAUCCCUGCAGGAGGAUCGUCUCGUAGUCAAGCACAAAAAGUCCUCGGUCAUGCGGGUUCGGCCGUUCAAAAGGGUUGGGCUGGGAUAAGGAGGAGUGGCGUAGCAGGAAGUAUCAGCUCUUUGAGUCAAUUAGGAGGAUCAAACAGACGUUCACCCAGCGGGUCCGUGGAAACUGGUUCGAGCUGGUCAAGUGGGUUGGGAAAGAAAGGUAAGGAGAAGAUUCCAUUGGUGGAGGAAGAACCGAGGGGCGACGGACCACACUUUGAGGUUGGAGUGGUGAAACGUGCUGGGAAGGGAAGAGAGGGAUUGGUAUUUGGAAGAGAUCUUAUAGAAACAGGAAGGACUUUUGGAGUUGUCGAUGCCAUGUCAACCGAGGAGGGAGGAAGUGAAUUGGAUCGAAGACGGCGACAGUGUCUGCCGGCCAUUGUGGUGAGAGCUGUUGACUAUCUGGAGAUCUGGGGUCCCAAAGAGGAGGGGAUCUUCAGGAUCAGCGGUAGAAGUAGUCAUAUAGCAAAAUUGAGAAAGGAGUUCGACUCUGGUGCCGACUUGGAUAUCACACCAUGUCAUCCGGGCGAUGUGGAUCCUCAUGCUGUUGCUGGAGUGUUCAAAUUGUACCUUCGACAACUACCUCAUCAUUUGCUCACAGACGAACUAUCCGAUCAAUUUGAGACCUACGAUAAAAGUUUGGAUAAAGAUCCAGCGGAAUUGGACAGACUGUUACAAUGUCUCCCCUCUGCCCAUUGGUUCCUUUUGGCUGACAUCAUCAAAUUGUUGGAUCUUAUCCCUCGACAUGUCAAUAUAAAUCGUAUGACACUUCACGCACUUCGUACCUCUUUAGGACCUUCGCUCAAUCUUCCUGGUAAUCUCGCCGAUGAGCUCGUCAUCAGACGCGAAGAGCUUUUCUCACAUCCCCCACCUAUCACCACUGUCGAAUCCGCAUCCAAUUUGAUCAAUUUCAGCGAAGUGUCUAUCCCUCCUCCCUCUGUACCGAAAGAUCCACAUCAUCGACCUAUCACCCCUUUGUCCGGAGAAGAGAAUGUUCAUCAUGUAAGACUCAAACGAUCUUCACCUCGAUUACCGAAAAGACCUAGUAUUCAACGUUUAUUCAGUUCAGGAGCUGGUUUCGUCACUCGAAAAGGAAGUGUUGAAACGAUGCGUUCCGCUUCUGUCAUUGGGGAUUUACCUCCUCAAGUUGAUAUCCCCAUCUCAAAUGCCACUCCAAUAUCAACUCUUGACGGUCAUGUGCAAAGUGCUCCACACCGAAAUGACGAAUGGGUAGAGGAAAAGAUGGAGGAAUUACAACAUUUAACAGAAAAUCCACAUACAUCAGCUCGAUCUCGAGCUUUUUCAGAGACCGCUACUCCUAUAGCUGAUAAAUUUCAGGGAACAUCACCCAUUUUUCCUCCACUCAGAAUUCCAAGAUCAUCAGCUACAUCGGUAGAAUCAUCAGCUUCUAUACCUACAUUAGGAUCACUCGAUGGACCAUCAUCAAAUCAACAUGGUCCAGCAAUAAUAAGACGUGGGCAACCUGUCUUUUUUCAAUCUCAAGGAUUAACACAUCAUAGAUCUAAAUCUGCCAAUGGGAUGAAAAGGAAAGAUGAACAGGAAGAAGGGGAAGAAGAAACGGAAGGUGGUAGAGGAGGUAAAAGAUUAUCGUCUGGAUUAAAAUUUGAUGGAGUCAACGUACGGGACGCAGUGCGCGCAAUGGAAAUGACCGCUUGA